UAAAUCAUGCACCUAUGCUUUGAGCUUCCUUUCGUUGCCAUGUGGAAGGUCUGCUCUGUUACUCUCAGAUCCAGCUCUGUUACUCUUAACUACCACCUGCCAAGCUAUGCAAAAAAACGCACAGAAACCAAAUCUACUUCCUUCCCUGCAGGGAAGAUGAAGCAGCAAGAGGCAGUUUCAAUAGGCCUCAGUGGCACAAAGAAAUAGAAAAUGAAAUGUCAGACUCCAGAAAAUAGUGAAUUCUAUGCAAAAAGCAUUGAAUUACAUGGCCAUUAGGAAAAAUGCCAACUUAGAAAGCUGCAGAAUGGUGGAUCUGUGGCACCCAGUGAUAAGCAGGAGAUAAGACCAGCUACUUGUGAAAACUGAAGAAAGCUUCAUUCAAGGUAGAAACUCCGACCUCUCUCUUCAGAUCUUCUGAAGCUUCUGAGAACCUUGAGGAUCACCUGGAAAUAAAGCAAAGGAACAAUCGAUCUGCCAACUUCUGGCUGCUGACCGCCAGCCAGUGAGUGGUUCAUUGACUACUGGAAAGCCCAUGCAGAAGGUGGAUCAGCUGGAAUGUCUCUUCUUAUCUUAGUGUCCAUCUUCUUAUCAGCUGCUUUCCUUAUGUUUCUGGUAUAUAAAAAUUUCCCACAGCUUAGCGAAGAAGAAAGAGAAUGUAUAAAGAUUCCUAGAGACAUGGAUGAUGCAAAGGCCUUGGGAAAAGUCCUGUCCAAAUACAAGGACACCUUUUAUGUUCAAGUACUAGUGGCUUAUUUUGCAACAUAUGUUUUCUUGCAAACAUUUGCUAUCCCUGGGUCUAUAUUUCUCAGUAUCCUCUCAGGGUUUCUUUAUCCCUUUCCACUGGCCUUAUUUCUUGUUUGCCUGUGCUCAGGACUUGGAGCUUCGUUCUGCUAUAUGCUUUCAUACCUAGUGGGACGGCCUGUUGUAUACAGAUAUCUAACAGAAAAGGCGGUGAAAUGGUCAGACCAGGUUGAAAGACACAGAGAACACCUCAUUAACUACAUAAUAUUUCUGAGAAUAACGCCUUUUCUUCCUAAUUGGUUCAUCAAUAUAACAUCUCCUGUAAUAAAUGUACCAUUGAAAGUAUUUUUCAUUGGCACUUUUCUAGGUGUGGCACCACCAUCUUUUGUAGCAAUUAAGGCAGGAACAACACUAUACCAACUUACAACAGCAGGGGAAGCUGUUUCCUGGAACUCUGUGUUUGUUCUCAUGAUUUUAGCCAUCCUCUCCAUCCUACCAGCUGUCUUCCAGAAGAAACUGAAACAGAAGUUUGAAUAAGGAUCAGACUGGAUCAGAAUUUCCCAUACUUCAUCUCAGGAUCAGCACUUCUGUUAUUUGUAUGUUUGCUUUUCUAUUGGAUCUUCAGCAAUUAAAGGGGAGGCUUGUAACGGAUAAGAAUGUCUUUAAAUGAACACAUGGCCUAAAAUUGAAGAAACAGUGUUCAAAAAUGUACUACAUGUAGUUUUGUAACUGAACCAUCAGUGUUUUACUUUGUGGGGGGAGGCGGAGGGUGAGGGAAGUAAACACACAUUGUGCUCUAAUAGUUUGCAGAGCAAAAAUGGUAAUGUAGAUGUAAACUGCAGAUACUGCUUUAUGAAACUUGCAAAAAAAAACCUCAACUAUUCAGUCUGGUUCUGUAACACUCUACGUGUCUCUGUAGACAUGCAUGUGACCGGGUUUGAGUACACUUCUCAUCAACAAUAUUUCUCUUUGUUUUGCCUUUUGGAGUUCCAGAAAAAUAGCACAAUAUAUUAACAAAGCUCACUGAGAAACAAAGAUUUUUUUUCUCUGGGCAAUACUUUAACUUCAGUGAUACACUCACCAUCCUGAUUGUUUACUUAUUUCUAUUUAUUAGUGCUGUGUGGAUUUAAAUACUUGAACCUACAUCUACUUUACUAACUGGAUUAACAAAGAGAAAGAAGUGUCAAAUCAUUCCCCCUCAUCCUCCAUAAAUUUUUAUUCUAGGAGAGGAUAUAGGAAGGGAGGGAGCAGGUUAGAAUUUGAUCCUGGCUGGCUGAUGAAGUUUUAAGUUCUAAUCUUAAUUUUUUUAAUGUUGAUUUAUUUUUCCAAUGUUUCACUUGCAUAGAUAGUUUUUUCUGCCAAUUUAAGAGAGUUAAAUUACUAUAAAAAAUCUUCAGUUCUCAACUAAUUUAAACAUAUAUAACUUAAAGAAGUUUAUUACCAUUUCUCAAACAAUAUGUGAAGUGUAUAAAAAUCUUCCAUUGCAGCUCAGUUGGUUAGAAGAAAUAUCUUGUACAAAGAUUGGUACAGUUCUUAUUUAAAGAACUAAUUCCAUAUACUGUUCAAUGAAUCAUGUAACAAAAACCUAGUAUGUUGGUGUAUGUAAAAUAAAAAGAUGAUUCCCUUUUCUGAUAAGUCAGUAACUGGUCAUGGGCAACUGGCUAUGAUUCACUUUUAAGUAAAAAAGUAUAUAUAUUAUAUAUAUUCACUAAAUAAGGUAUAUGAUACCUCUCCCUUUAUAUGGUUAUAACUGUUGCAGUCUGUUGUAUUGUCAGUGGCAUCCCAUAAAGUAAGGUCCUGAUCCGCAAAGAACUUGGGUGCACGUUUAAGUUUAUCCUACUGAAACCAAUGCUGCUUAUACCUUUUAGGUUUAUGUGCCCCUGAAGUAUCUUGCAGAAAUGGGAGUUGACACAUUAGCAUAUGCUCCAAUUCAAGCGUUUACUUGCCUAUAUCCUUAUGUUAACUCAUCAUAUGAUGGAUCAUUUUAGAUGUAAAGAGAACAGUUCCAUAAAUGUGAUAAUGUGAAAGGUACUGGUACCUUAAAGAAUUUUGUAACAUAAUGUUGAUUUCUUUUUUAUCACAGUAUUACAUGUAAAUAUAUAGUAAAUAUUACUGAUAUGCUAUUUUUGUCUUUUAUUUAAAUCUGGACUGCACAUUGAAUGGUAUUUUUAUGUUGGUAGAUAAAAGAACUCAUAAUUUACCUCUGUUUACAAAUUCAUUGUAAGAACAUUUAGCUUCAGGAAUUGGUUUCUUAUUUAGAAUUGACUUUAAACCUGUACUUUAUUGGCAUUUAAAACUGAAGUGAUGACUUCUUAUUGCUGUAAUUCUAAUCUCAGAGCUCAUCUACCUAGGGAAUUUACUCCAUAGCAAACUAGGGUAUGAAUUUAGCUGUUGAGAGCUAAGCAUCCACUGGAUUAUUGAGUGCGAGGUAGCUGUAGAUUUAUUUACAGCCUACUUCCCUGCAUAGUUAGUUUCAUGCAGAUGAACUCUCAGAAUAAAUUGCACUCUUACAAUUGUAGUUCAGUGGCUUUCCUCAACAAUUCUCAUUUGAUUUUCAUUCAAUUAAAAGACGCCGUUGUAAAAUUCCUUCUACGCUGUGUAAAACUGAUGUUUUGGUGCAACCUUGGCAUUAAAGAAGGAACUGAAUUACACUUUAGUUUCACAUGAAUCAUACUAUCGCUUCAGAUUUUCCCUUAAUUAUAUUUCACUGUGUGGAUGGGAUCAGGCUAAGUUGCAAAAAAAGUUCUGUUUCAGCCAUAGUUAGACUAGCUUCCCAACAUGAUGGCUUUUAAUGUCAUGAGUAAGGUUCUUUUCUUUUGCAAAAGAAAUACUACUUUUUUUUUUUAAUCAUCUCUUCUGUUUUUUAUCUUUGACUGCCAGCUGUCUUAGGCAGUUUCUUAUUACAUGAGGUUUACCUAUGAGGGUUCUGAAGAAUAAGGAAGGCCUUGUGCAAAAGGCAAAAAGAUGUAGGGUAGAGCUCUGCUGUGGAAUAUUGUACUAGCCCGUCCUUUCCUUUAUGGGAAUCUGGCAAGUGAUCCAAGAGAUAGCCGUAACGUUUUGACAUGAAACAGUGUCUACCUUGAAGCAAGUGGGGAAAUCAGGAACAUGUAGCUUUUUUUAAUUGCAAGGAACUUUUAAGGUGUUAGGUGACCUGUUGAUCUUUUAGAAUUGUUUGUAAGUAAUAGCUGCACAGCAUCAUUACUAAAUGUCUCGUACCAUUUGAUAAUAAAGCUAUUAUAUAAAAACUGAAAUCUUGUUUUUUUGAGUGAACUAUUCUGAACUUUCUCCUAAGCUAAAUUUUUUGAUUAAUCUGUUUACAAGGGAUGAGUUCUUCUAACUUCAUUAAACUAAUGAUCUGAUGAUUACAUUUGUAGAUGAGAUUCAUUCUAUUUGUGUUUCUCCUAUUUUAAAAACACCUAGGUAAGCAUGGCUUCCUUCUCUGUCUGUUAGUAGUUCUUUAGCAUGUACAACAGUAACCCUUGAAAGCUUUUAUACUUUGCACAGGAAGCCAAUUGCAUCUAAUUUGUUUUAUCUCCUCAAAUUAUAACUGUUUGCAUAGUUUACUUUGUUUUUUCCAUGAAUUCCCAAUGGAAGACUUGCAUGCUAAAGUUAAUAUUACAGCUUCCUUCAGAUUGCCUUAAUGUUACAUUAGUGAUGGAAUUCAGUUUAUGGAAUCCAAUUUUUUGCAUUCGCUAGAAAGCUAUCAAUAUUGUGUGUUGAAAGUUUACCAAAAAGUUUAAAAAAAAAAAAAAAAAGAAGAUUUGCCUUUAAAAUAUCUCUGACUGUAAACUAUGCUAUUAUGCAAAGUCAAAGAUGUAGGUUUUGUGGGCAUAUAUUUUAGAGAUUUUAUGUACUUUUCAUGAAAAUAUUUAUCAUGUAUAGUUUCUAUGAUAGCCGUUAAUCUAGUUUUAUUACAGUGAGUAACUGAAAUGCAAUGUGGAUGAAAUACACUCUCUGCUAUACUUUGUAUUAGAAUUGAAGUAUGCUGCCUGCAUCAUACCAUACAACUAUUUACUCUGGAUCUAACUGAAGAACCAACAGAAUGAACUCAACAAGGUAGCUGAUUAAGGACAGAAACAUCCAGCUGCUACUGCAAGAGCAUUUGUUACAAAAAGCAGCCACUUCAUUCCCUCAUCUCUUUCCUGAUCCUACAAAACAUGUUGUAAAGAGCCUGGGAACCAAAAUUUUUAAGUCUACUGCAUACUGAAAAAUAGGAACUUGGCAGAGGACAGUCUUACAACAGAGCAGUCUUCCUAUUAUCUUGGCCUUGCCGUGAUCUACGCCGUAAAUUCUGUUUGUCUCUUUCUCAGCAUCUUACUGUUGUCUUCCAUCACUAUUAACAUUCCUUCAAUUACAUACUAGAUUGAUACAUGUCUAAUUAGAUUGAGUUGUAUUUAUCUGUGACAUUGGGUACUUGUAUUUCAGGCCUGGAGAAUAAUUUGUAUUCUUACCAGAUUGCUGGGUUGCCCCUCUCCCCCUGCUUUUUUGUACGCUAUUUCCUAAAUAUGGUAGAAGCAAUAAAACAUGUAUUUACCUGUGAA